AUGCUUUCCCUUGAGGGCAAUGUGAAAUUGACAGCAAUACCCGACUCGUUCUUUGAUGGAAUUCAAAAUCUUCAAGUUGUAAAUUUGUCAAACACCAGAAUUAGGAUGCUGCCAACAUCGUUUUUUGGGCUGAGUAAACUUCAAGCAUUAGUCUUACGCGAUUGUCCCCUUUUCAUGGACCUCCCGCCUGAAAUAGGAGAUCUAGAGCAUCUUGAGUUGCUUGAUCUUCAAGGCACGGAUGUUAAUAACCUCCCCAACGAGGUUGGGAAAUUGGGUUUUCUCAAGAUAUUGCGAGUCUCCUUCUACGGCCCGGUUGAAUGUAUCAAGCAAGUGAAGCUUUCACAGGCACUGUUAUCUCACGAAACCAUAUCAAGCCUCCUUUUACUAAAUGAGCUAAGCAUUAGUGCUCGGCCAGGUGAUCCUAGGUGGAAUAACAUUGCUGAAUCAGUGACUGAGGAGGUGACUUAUUUGAAGGGGUUGAUUAGUCUUCAUUUCUACUUCCCAGAUGCAGAUAUCCUGGAGCUCUUUAUCCGAAGAAGCGCCUCAUGGACUCUAAAAUCCUUGACCAAGUUCAAGUUCGUCGUUGGCCUUAACAUCUUCCACAUUGUGUCAGAAGUCCCAAAAGAGGUGGAAUUCGACUAUGACAAAGAAGACCGGUGCUUGAGAUACAUGAAUGGUGAUAGUACAAUACACGAUGCAAUUGUAAGAGUUCUAAAUCGUGCCUCUGCAUUCUACUUAGACAAUCACUUCACAGUAAACAGUCUUUCAGAGUUUGGGCUUGACAAUAUGAAGGAAUUGAAAUUUUGUAUAGCGACGGAAUGUCCAUGUAUUCAGGUACUUGUCGAUGCCAACAACGAUGCUGAAAGUGUUUUACCGCUUUUGGAACGACUGAGUAUGCAUUGUUUGUGGAACCUGAAAAGCAUCUGCAAGGGUUUGGUGCCUCGAGGAAGUUUCAACCGGCUGAAGUCCUUGUCAGUUCACAAGUGUCCUAAACUGACGUAUGUCUUCACGGAGACCUUGCUUGAUCAUUUUUCCAAUUUGGAAGAAUUGGUAGUUGAAGACUGUGAAUCUGUCAAAGCGAUAGUAAAAACAGAAGCGGAUUCAGAUGAAGGAUUUUCUGCAUCGCUCACCGUAUUGAAUGUAAUGACGGUUAAGCACCUGCCCGAGUUGCGCAGGAUUGGGAAUGGACCAUGGUCAUUAUUGGAGCAAGUCAACAUAUACAACUGCCCAAAGUUGAAUCUGGGUGAUUUUUUCCGGUCAGCCGGUGCUGUGUGA